UUAGGGCACAAGUUGUGUUUGCCUGCCUCAAAGGCAGUUGACAGUGAGGGAAGUUCUGCCCGUCUACUUAUUAUUACAGUCGCCUACGCCAGAACAACGACAAAUAUACCCGUUCAGUGACAGGUGGGUGAUCGGAGGAUGUCCAGGGCUGACUGGAGUUUUCUGGAGCGCCUAUUGGAGGAGGGCCAGGAGUACUCGACGGGCGUGGGCCGCGUCUGGCUCACCGUGCUCUUCCUCUUCCGCAUCCUGGUGCUGGGCACGGCCGCUGAGUCCGCCUGGGAUGACGAGCAGUCCGACUUCGUCUGCAACACCAAGCAGCCCGGCUGUGAAGAAGUGUGUUACGACAAGGCCUUCCCCGUCUCGCACUUCCGCUACUUCGUGCUGCAGAUCAUCUUUGUGUCCACGCCGACCAUCUUCUACUUUGGCUUUGUGGUCGCGCGGGCCAGAAAGAGGGAGGAGGAGAAGGAGAGAGAAGAGCGCGAGAGAGAGGCGGACGGAGAGGAGGAUGGGGUGGCCAGGGAGGAGAGGAGGAGGAGGCGGAAGGAGGAGAAGAGGCAUGUCCUCACCCUGGAGGUGAUCCAGGAGAAAGAGGAGGAGAAGGAGGCGGGGAAGGAGCAGAGUGGAACAGCAACAGGAGAGGCUGGAGGGAGAUCCUCCCCAAAGUUGAAAGGUCGUCUGCUGGGCGCAUACGCGGUGAGCAUCGUGCUAAAGUUGGCCAUUGAAGUCGGCUUCAUCGUGGGACUCUGGUACCUCUAUGGCUUUGUGAUCCCGGCCCGCUACGAAUGCCGGAGAGACCCGUGUCCCCAUACAGUGGACUGCUUUGUGUCCAGACCCACUGAGAAGACCAUAUUCACCAUCUACAUCCAGGCCAUCGCAGGGGUGUCAGUGCUGCUGAACAUUCUGGAGCUGUUUAGCCUCCUGCAACACGCGCUCACACACGACCUGGAGAAGCGUUACCUUCAGUCACGCCUCCAACAGCCAAUCAGGAUGCGACAAAUCACCAGGGCCCCCUCGCGAUUGGACAGCAGCAGUGGGAGUACCCCAGCGCCGGCCUAUGAGGAGAGGGGGUUGCACUUUCUCCCCUUGGCUGAAGGCGGGUAUGCAACUGGCACCACCUCCACCCCCACCCAGGCACCCCAGGCGGGUUACCCAGCCAUGGAGGGGGGUGACUGGGCCGUGGGACCAGGGGCAGGAAGGGUGGAGGGGCUGGAGGAUGGAGGUAUGCAGGAGUCAGCGGGAGACGUGUUGCCUAGCUACCUGAACUGCAUCAGCAGCAUUAGGCCGCUGGGAGGCGGUCACCACGGCAACAGGCAUCACCAACUCCAGCAGAUGCAUAGGCAGAGCAAGCGUAGUAAGCAGACCUACCAAAAGGGCGGCGCUAACAAGGGUAAGCACUACGUGUGAUGCAGAUAUAGAGACAUAAUCACAUAUGCACACCUCAAAGAGCAAGCACUACGUCAGGCAGCAAGACUGUGAACUACAGUAUAUAGUAUAUUUGACUCUCUCUCUCUCACACACACAUGCAGUACACACACUCUCUCUAUUCAUGUUGACCAUAUGAAUGAAUCUCACAUACUUAGUAUGUCUGAAAAUCUCAAGGGCUGUGGAGCAGGAGCGUAGCAGCAAAUUUUGGGCACUAUGUGCAAUCAGCUCCAAUGGACCCCCCCCCAGCCAUAAAUCUACAUAAGUCGGACUGUGUGUGGGCCCCCCCUGGUGACUCACACAGACACACUGUGUGUGUGGGCCCCCUAUAUACAUGGGGCCCUGGUGACUCAGUCACACUUAACCGCCCUGAACGACACCCCUGAUUAAGAGACACAUUCAGAGACACACGCACUCAUAAGAGCAAGCAUGUGUGUGACGCCAACCAAGGCUGUAGAAGUGCACUAUAUGCAUGACUUGGGGGACAAUCAAAUAGGCCAGAAACACACACACACACACACACACACACACACACACACACACACACACACACACACACACACACACACACACACACACACACACACACACACACACACAUGCACUUAAUGCAAUGAUAAAAAUCAAAACACAACAAGCACACAUCACUUCUUCUGAAAUUCAUGUACUGUGAUAGAAAUCGAAACAAAACACAAACACACGCACAAAAAAACACAAACACACACACACACACACACACACACACACACACACACACACACACACACACACACACACACACACACACACACACACACACACACACACACAGACAGGGAUAAAGAUCACAACACGCACAUACUUUCUCAUACGCUUGUGCUUUCAGGCUUAUACAAACAUAAACAUACAAGCAAUCAGAAACCCACAAACACAUUCGUGAACACACACACACACACACACACACACACACACACACACACACACACACACACACACACACACACACACUUGUACACGUACAUGGACAAAAACACACACACUUGUACAUAGACAAAAAUAUACAUACACACAUGGACAGAAACGUGCACAUACAUACACGCAUGCAAGAACGCACGCACACACACACAAACACACACAGAUCUCUUGGGGUUGUGUGAUUGCUGUGAAGAUGAAGCCAUUUCCCGUUGUUUGGACAGACGCAAAGGGGAUGUCACACGCGGACACACACACAGACGCACACAGGCACACACGCACACUCGUACACGAACACGUACACGUACACAAAAUCUCACGGUAUCUCUCUCUCUCCCCCCCCCCCCCUCUCUCUCUCUCUCUCUCUCUCUCUCUCUCUCACACACACACACACACACACACACACGUUUGGACGCCUUGUUCUAGGAACAUAACAACCCCCAAGAGACCAGAGCCAAAAGCCACUACUCCUAUCAUGCACUUUGUCAGAACUGGUGUCACAAAGAGAGAGAGAGAGAGAGAGAGAGAGAGAGAGAGAGAGAGAGAGAGAGAGAGAGAGAGAGAGAGAGACAGAGAGAGAGAGACAGAGACAGAGAGAGAGACAGAGAGAGAGAGAGAGACAGAGAGACAGACAGACAGACAGACAGACAGACAGACAGACAGAGACAAGGAGACUGGGGAUACCUGGGUGGUCUGUCUGCACUUUAGGUCUCUAUGUUUUGCACAAUAGUCUUGUUAUGAGGAACUUAAAGUGGACCAUAAAGGACUAUAAAGACUGUGUCUGACAAGCUCUGAGGACCUACCGGACUCUAUCAAUAACUUCAGGCUGCAGAACAUUAAUACAGUCUACGGACCAUUAAAGACUGUGUAAGACUGGGUGAACCAAUGACCAUUGCUAGGUCCUUAAGAUUGAAAGACUGUAUCCGAGGACUUUAACGUUCCUGGAUCCUCGGGACCUUAACGAGAUUGAAGGACAUAAAGGACGAGAGACAGAGAGAGACAUUAUCGAUAUUCUGCAUAUUCUCGUCCUGAUUUGUUUUGCAUAGUGCACAGAAGACACUUUGGUUUUCAAGAGAACCUUAUAUCGUCUUUUCAAGGACCACAAAAAGGUCUAUCUAGUAGGCCUUAUGAAGUACGCAUGACUAUUGAACAUUUCAGGUUCCUUAGGAUUCCUCCUGAAGACCUAAGAGACUGUAUCGGUGUACACUAAAUAUUGUAUUGUGGUUAAGUCCUCUGGACUUUAAAAUGUUUUAACUGUGACAUGGAGGAUGAGAGACUGUUACAUGCGUAAGGCGGUACAGAGAAUCAGCGGAGAUGGAGAGGUUUGCACAGGAUGCUAUUUAAAGAUGUAAUUUAUUUUUACUUUUGUAUUUAACCAUAUUUUCUUUCUUGAAAAAGUAAACAGAAAAACUUUGUAACAAAGUGUCUCUUUUGCUUUAUAAUA